CCCCCCCCCACCUCCUGGUUGCUGUUAAAAUCUCGUUUCAUUCUGUUUUCUAGCUCCUUCCUUCUUCUGAUGGGUUAUGGAUUGAGAAAAUCUUGCAAAGAUCCCAUCUUUGUGUGGUUUGUUUUGAUAAUUUUUCGUGGUUGUGAAUCGUAGUGUCGUAAGUGCUCGUUUCUUUAAUAGGUUUGCCAAUGCAUCAAUUAUGGUUCCCUAUAUUUCUGCAUUACAACUUCUCAAAAAAUGUUUCCAUUUGGGGACGAAUAUGUGCGCCCUAGAAGUGAUUUUGCGUUUAUUUGCUGCUUCUGAGAAGUUGGAUUAGGUGUUUCUGAGAACCCCAUUUUUGUUAGGUAUCUACUUCUUUUGUAGGCCUUCAACCGUCACCUAAAAUUCGUGUUUGCGGAUCUGUUUGCUUAUUCAACCCACCAUAGCUGAAAUUUUGGAGUAGCUCCUUGGUUCAUUUCAUCAAUUUCUCUAGUAAUGUGCUUCUUUUUCCCGGAUAAUGGGGUUAAAAAUCUAGUUUUGCAUCUGAGUUCUUGCAAGACUUUACUCGGAUUCCCAUCCAAAGAGUUUGUUUCCAGUGUUUCGCGAAGCUUUUUUUAUUUGUUUUGGAUUGAUAUCCUGAAAUAUCGCCUCUUAUAGGGCUUUUCAUGCCAUAAAAUAAGGUCUGAUUCUCUGAUAAAUGGCAACAAAGGGAGAGAAUUAUAGUGAAGAUAUAGAAGGAGGGCCACACGACCUCUUCUCAGAUGAGAGUGACGAUAGCCUCUGCUUUUCUGAUGCAGAGGACCGGUCCUGGCAUUCACCAUAUGGUUCAAAUUGUGCUGGUUCUGCAUAUGAUGAGUAUCGGUUCUCGGGUGCUUCUCAUUUCGAGAUAGAUGAUGGAAUUCAAGAGCCAUGCAGAAAAUCUAGCUUCUCAGAGUGUUCAGUCGAGGUUGAUUUGGAGAGAGGGAUUUCAGAAAUUAAGGUAAAUAAAGAUAAGGUUGAGAGGGAUUGCAGGAUCUGUCAUCUCAGUUUGGAGAGUGGUGCCCCGGAGUCGGGCAUCCCAAUUGUAUUGGGCUGUUCUUGCAAGGAUGAUUUAGGUGCUGCACACAAGCAAUGUGCUGAGACAUGGUUUAAAAUCAAAGGAAACAGAACCUGUGAGAUUUGUGGCUCAACUGCACGGAAUGUGGUUGGAACUGGGGAUACUGAGUUCAUUGAGCAGUGGAAUGAAGCAAACAAUGCUGCUGGACCACCUGCGUCACCAUCGGAAACCCGAAGCUUUUGGCAGGGGCAUCGGUUCCUCAACUUCUUGCUUGCAUGCAUGGUUUUUGCCUUUGUUAUCUCCUGGCUUUUUCAUUUUAAUGCUCCUGGUUGAGUCCAUUUCCAGUUGCAAGGGUUCCCCACUUUAUCAUAAGAAAGUUAUCUCCAUUGCUAGCUGGAACCCAUUGGCAAUAUCAUUACAAAAAAAUCCAAGAAGAUUUGGUGACAGCACCAUGAUGCCUUCUAAUAGUAGGAAAAGUUCUGUUGAGUUUAUUGCAAGGGCGGACAAAAUAACCAGAUGCCUCGUAUUGGGUGUCAAAAAUCUAUCGCAAGUUCUUUGAGUAGAGAAAAAGAUCAGGCCAACAAACCAGGAUGCUGCCUAUCAGGAAUCAGAUUGUUGAUAUGUUCUUCUCCUCCCC